AAUCCACCUCCAUCACCAGUUUCUCCACCACCACAAGGUUCACCUCCUGCCCCAGCCUCCGACCCUCCUAAAAAUUCACCCCCUUCACCACCUCCACCUGCGAAUUCACCUCCAUCGCCAGCAUUUACGCCACCACGAAGUUCACCUCCUACACCGUCCUUGGAACCUCCUAAAAAUCCACCUCCUUCACCACCAGUUCCUUCAGAUGGCUCCACUACCAAUAGGUCAAGUAAUAAUGCAGCGGAUAGCUCAAACAGUCCGAGUAGUAGCGGCCUAGGGACUGGAGGUACAGUUGCCAUUGGCAUCGUUCUUGCUGUUUUAUUGCUUAGUAUUAUUGGAGCAGUGGGUUGGUGCAUGUGGAAGCGAAAGAAAAAGGCUUUUCGCCUCAAUGGCGGGAAUGUCAUGCCAACCUCUGUGGGUUUCACCCCACAAUCUGAGUCUGUCUUAUUGAAGAUACAAGAAUCAACACCUGGGACUGGAAACGGAACUGGCUCCAAUUUCCUAAUUUCUCCUGCAGGAUCUGGUGGAUUGGGAAGUUCAAAGAUAUGGUUUACCUAUGAAGAACUAGUUAAGGCUACUAAUGACUUCUCGGCUGAGAAUUUGUUGGGGGCAGGUGGAUUUGGUUCUGUAUACAAAGGAUAUCUAGAAGAUGGGAGGGACGUCGCAGUAAAGCAACUAGAUAUUGGUGGGCGCCAGGGAGACCGGGAGUUCAGAGCUGAAGUUGAAAUCAUCAGUAGAGUACACCAUCGCCAUUUGGUUUCCCUUGUAGGUUAUUGCAUUUCUGAGAGUAGAAGGCUCCUUGUUUAUGACUAUGUCCCAAAUAACACCCUUUACUUUCAUCUUCAUGCGGCUGGAAGGCCUGUUAUGGAUUGGACAACACGUGUUAAGAUUGCUGUUGGUGCAGCUCGUGGAAUAGCUUAUCUGCAUGAAGAUUGCAAUCCUCGAAUUAUCCACAGAGACAUUAAAUCAUCAAACAUUCUUUUGGAUAGUAAUUUCGAGGCUCGGGUUUCUGAUUUUGGUUUAGCUAAAUUAGCUCAGGAUGCAAAAACUCAUGUUACAACACGUGUUGUUGGAACAUUUGGCUACAUGGCUCCUGAAUAUGCAUCAAGCGGCAAGCUGACUGAAAAAUCUGACAUAUAUUCUUUUGGGGUUGUGCUUCUGGAGCUAAUUACUGGACGGAAGCCUGUUGAUACAUCUCAGCCUUUAGGGGAGGAGAGUCUAGUUGAGUGGGCUCGGCCUUUGUUUAUUCAUGCACUCGAGAAAGGGGAAUUUGAUCAGUUGGCAGAUCCACGCCUCGAGAGGAAUUAUGUUGCCACCGAGAUGUUUCAACUGAUUGAAGCAGCUGCAGCUUGUGUGCGCCACUCGGCUGCAAAGAGACCAGGAAUGGGACAGAUCGUGAGAGCUUUUGAUAGUUUGUCUAUUUCUGAUCUGUCAAAUGGAAUGAAAGUCGGGGAAAGUACAAUAUAUAACACUGCAGAACAAUCUGCAGAAAUAAGAUUGUUUCGAAGGAUGGCAUUUGGUAGUCCAGAUUUUAGUUCCGAUUUUUUUAGUCAAGGUACACACCAUAGUGGAGAGUCGGCUGAAGAUAGGGUAUAGUUACUAUUUUACACAACUAAAAGGCCUUGCUAAAGCAAGUGUAUGUAUCUGUUUAUAGAUCAAAGGCGCCUACGUUGAGAGGUAUACGAUUGCCCCUUCGAGGUUAUUUAGUUGUUGGUUAGGUUUUGUAAGUAGAUUCCUUUGUUUUGCUGGCUUACAUUUAAGCCCUGCUAUUUUGGGAGCAAUUUUUCCUGCAAGUAACUGGAAAUUUUUUGUCUUCUCCAAUAUUUGUUCGUUCAAAAGGUUUAUUCAA